UGGCAGCCUCCCUCUCGAAAACUGAGAAAGCAUCUUUUCUCUGACGUCAUGAGAGCUGCAUCAGCUGUGAGCCCCGCGUCCUUAGCUUGCAAAAUAUACUCUCUCUCCUUUUUUUUUUUGCUGCCCGCAUCUGCUCUGACAACGGGAAUAUAUAUGAUAUUUUCCACAAACCCUGAAAUGGCUACACAGGAGGUACAACCGAAUGAGACUCUCACCAACCUAAAAGCGGAAUCGGACACGUUGAAAACGAAGCUCGAGGACGAAAGAGCGAAGCUGCAUGAUGUUGAACUACACCAGGUGGCAGAGAAGGUGGAUGGACUGGGCCAGUUUAUCAUGAAGACCCGGCGUACUCUGAAGGGACAUGGAAACAAAGUUCUCUGCAUGGACUGGUGUAAGGACAAGAGGAGGAUCGUCAGCUCAUCACAGGAUGGAAAAGUGAUUGUAUGGGAUGCCUUCACCACUAACAAGGAGCAUGCAGUGACCAUGCCGUGCACCUGGGUGAUGGCCUGUGCCUACGCCCCCUCUGGAUGUGCAGUGGCCUGUGGGGGUCUGGACAACAAGUGCUCUGUGUACCCUCUUUCGUUGGACAAGAAUGAGAACCUGGCAGCGAAGAAGAAGUCUGUCGCCAUGCACACCAACUACUUAUCUGCCUGUAGCUUCACCAACUCAGACAUGCAGAUCCUGACGUCGAGCGGAGACGGAACCUGUGCAUUAUGGGAUGUGGAGAGCGGUCAGCUGUUGCAGAGUUUCCAUGGACACACCGCUGAUGUUCUUUGUCUGGACCUGGCUCCUUCUGAGACCGGCAACACCUUCGUCUCUGGGGGCUGUGACAAGAAGGCCAAUGUAUGGGACAUGCGCUCAGGCCAGUGCAUUCAGUCCUUUGAAACCCACGAAUCAGACAUCAACAGUGUCAGGUACUACCCCAGUGGAGAUGCAUUUGCCUCAGGCUCUGAUGAUGCGACAUGUCGUCUCUAUGACCUGAGAGCAGACAGAGAAGUGGCCAUUUAUUCCAAAGAGAGCAUCAUAUUUGGUGCCUCCAGUGUUGACUUCUCUCUCAGUGGCCGGCUACUGUUCGGUGGCUACAACGACUACACCAUCAACGUGUGGGAUGUCUUGAAGGGGACGAGGGUGUCCAUCCUGUUUGGACACGAGAACCGUGUCAGCACUCUGCGUCUGUCUCCCGACGGAACGGCCUUCUGCACGGGGUCAUGGGACCACACGCUCAGGAUCUGGGCUUAAAGAAAAGGACACAGAAGAGGAACAACUAACCUCAAUGGUAGAUAGAUGGGAUCCAGUUGUAAACUAAGAGACAGACGUGUUCCACUCGGCUUGAAUACAAUCCGAGGUUCAGAUUCAGAUGAACAUAGAUACAGUGGUAAAGGGCAGACAUUGUCUUACUGUAGUGGUGUGUCAGGGUACAUUUGAACCGUGGUCUUGGACAAGUUAACAGUCAUUAUCAAACAAAACAAAACAAAAAACCCGCAAAAUGAUACACUUUUUUUUUUUACGAGCUUUAAUAACGUAUCACAUUAAGUAUUUUAGAUCGCGCAAGGUCAAUAUAUCUUAAUGAAAUUCAUAAUCACACACAGAAUGAUGAUAUAGCUACUCUAGUCUUAAGCAGAUGGUCCAAAGAGAACUAGUGUGAAGUGGAUGGUGAUCAAUAACAAAGUUGGAAAUGAAUCUAGUGGUGAAUAUACAGAGAGUAAAAGAUUUAGAGGAAGAAUGUCUUCAAUAACCUAAUGUAUAAGAUGUAGUAUGAUGCCAUGUUUAGAUUUGAGAUAUGAUGGAAAAACAGUUCAUACAUUUGGAACCAAACCCUCAAGAGUCACUAAGUCAUCUUGGUUGAUGCCAGGACAAAUCCUCUUGGUUGAUGCCAGGACAAAUCCUCUUGGUUGAUGCCAGGACAAAUCCUCUUGGUUGAUGCCAGGACAAAUCCUCUUGGUUGAUGCCAGGACAAAUCCUCUUGGUUGAUGCCACAUUUUCCAUUCUAAUACUUGACCCUUCGAGUUCCUUUCCACCUGUGGAUUUCACUUACUGCUUGAGAUGUUCACAUGACAAACACUAGAUAAUAUCUAGCUGACGUGAAUAUACGACCUUUUGUGAAUACCUACUUAUUUAAAUUCUUAGACUUAUGUAUUCCUGUUCAUGUAAUUAUUCUGAUGAUUGUAAUUUGAUAAUUUAUUGUAAUUAUUAUAUUGUAGUUUAGUGUAUAUACAAAGUUACAUGAUACAAUAAACUAUUCACCUAUACCACACAAAAGUAAUAAAAUUAAUUUGGACUAU